CUGCAGCAGGAGUCGAUGCUGAGCUCGUCGAUGCCCCAGUACUGGAUCUCCUGGAGGAAGGAGAGGGCGCACAGCUGCUCCAUGACAUGCAGGCGGCCGGUGCGGUAGUAGUGCAAGACGUAGCGGAACGCUUGCGAGCUGCGGUCGAAGAAGUACUCGUUGUCCACAGGAUUGGCAUCGUCGCAGAGCUCCAGGGGGCUGGGCACGGCGGCCAGGGCCCCCGGGCGGCGGCACGAGGCCACCACCACGGCCAGCUUGCCAAGGCGCGUGUGCGGGAAGCAGGACAGCGCCUGCUGCGAGAGCACGAAGCGGCUGCCGCCCACGUUGACCGUGAAGCAGUCCCCGAGCGCCAGGGGCUCCCCUUCGCCCUCGCUGCAGAAGACGCUGGACUCCAGCGAGGUCAGGGAGCAGCUGUCCAGCGGCGAGUCCAGCAGCGCGCGGCCGCGGGGACGCAGCUCCAUCGCAGCCGCCGCUGCCUGAGGGCGCCGCGAAGUUGGGGGCGCGCCGGAAGCCUCGGUCCCGCGAGGGCGGCGGCACGGCCCCGGGUGGCGGCCGGGCUUUCCCGGGCUCCCGCGGGGAUUGCCUCCCACCCGCGCAGCCCCUCCCUCCUCGCCCCGUGCUCGUUCCCCUCUUCGCCGCUAGGGAGCUGCGAGGGCGCGGCCGCCGCGCACAGGUGCCGGCGCGCCGGCGCUGGGAGCCGAGCAGGGGCCGCGCCCGGAGGAACGCCCGGCGGCGGCCCACGCCGAGGACAGCCCCGGAACGCGCUGCCAGUCCCCGUGGCACUUCCCGAACUUACCCUCUUCCCAACUUUGUAGUUGAGACCCCAGCCGGGAGGUGUAGGACUGCCGGCUAGUUGCCGGGUGCAGCAGGAAAGCCGAGCUGGCAGCUCGGCUGCCUAGCCUCGCCCCGUCUGCCCCCGCCUCCCGGCUCUGGCCCCCCGGCUACCGCGGAGAGGGCCGCCCCCGCCCGUGCUCGCUAGAAGCCGUUCGCGUUUUGCAGCACCAGCUGUGGGGAAGGCAGGCAGCCGAGGGAGGUGAGACCGCAGGAGGAAGCGAGGCGCUCCAUGACUCGGAACAGCACAUUCAUCCUCAAGACACUUAAAGGAUUACAGUGUUAGAGUCCCGUUUCCUUGAAUCUGUGUGCUCACCAAUGUGCAAGAAAAGACUUUCCAGUUGCAUAAGUCUGCUAAAUUCAGGGUUAAGGCAGUUAUGGCAACUACUUUGUGUGGCAUGCAUGGUUCAAGGUUUUCUCAUUAUUUCCAGCAAGCAUCAGAGAAUCCUACAUUUUUAAAAAGUCCUUGCAAGAGAGAAUGAACCACACUUACCUCUUUUUUUCCUUUUAAGUACUUUGAGGAAGUAUAUAUGAAGAGAUGAGCAGGCAGCUCCAUACACUAGUGAGAAGGUUUUCAUAGAUUGACUUGAAACGCGGCAGUUUAAUUUUGACUUUGUCAAUUGGCUCCCAUUUACUUCAUAGACCUCAAAGCCUUCCUUAGUAAAAUUUCACAUUUUAAUAAAAUAGCCAAUAUUUAUUGGGUACUGUAUGCCAGGAAAUUUUGUAGUCCCUUUACUCAUUCAGGACCUUAUUUAACCAUAAUAAUAUUGUGAGGUAACACUAUACCCAUUUUACAGAAAGAGAAACUGAGGCCCAGAGCAACUAAAUAAUUUAUUAGGGUCACAUGGUCCAAAGUCAAACCAAGGUCUAAUUGUCAGAGGCUGCCCUCAUAAACACAAUGCUUGGGACAUAACUUUAUUGUGAUUUAAAAUAAAUCAAAGUGCAGUUGCUUUUAUCAAUUGAUUUUGCAAGUUUCUAGAGAAGGGCAAGAGUUUAAUGACAUAUUUUAUGUGAUUUUCAACAUAUGUUUAUUAUUAUUCAACACAUGAGUAUGUGUACCAGGAACUAUUCUGGGUGCUUCAGCUAGAUCCAUGAAGGAAACAGACAAGAUCCCUGUUCUUGUAGAGCUAACACAUUCCUUUGAGCAUAAGAGUAACUUCAGUGAAAUUUUGAAAGCCAGUAUAAUAUUGAUAGGUCCUGGUUCUUUUGACAGCUAUCCAUUUGGUAAACUUUUGCCUCUAUAAAAACCUCUGUCAUAUAGAAAAUAUGGAGGAGUUAAAUUUAUCCUGGUAUAUUGUUCAUCAUCAUGUCUAGUACUGUGCUAUGAACUUUUUUAAGGUAGCAGAGCUUUCCCUUACAAAGAGAGAAAAUGCCCCCCAACAGCUCAAUUAUAUAUUAUUUGGGUGUUGAAAAAAGCAAGAGUCCACAGUUCUGUGAGGCCUUUUGCAUACUUGAGUGUGAAUAAUUUUAACCAAAUAAUAAGCAGUAAAGGCCUGCUCUAGCUUUACAGAUUGUGGGAAGGAGGAGGGAAACUUUCGGAGAAGAAUAAGAGCUUUGGGUGAAAAGGGAGGUCUCCGCCAGGUAACCAGAGGUUAGCAAAAGGCAUCUGAGGCUUGUCGGUCUCCGGCACUGCCACUGGGACCCUGGAUUUCAGUUGUAAUUAAUGGUGUCCUGUAGAAGUAAUUAUAACAAUAACCACCCUCUAAGUGUAAGGCCCAGGAAAGCAUCUGAAUUCUCACAAUGAUUCCAUGAAAUCAUGCUGUCACCCUUAGUUGCAGAUCUCAACUCAGCAGCUCACAGGCACUAAGUAACCGCCCCAGUUACAUAGUGAGUAUGUGAAGGAGUAUAUGAAAGGAUUAAAAUCCUGUGCUUUCUGACUCCAGAUUUUCAUCUCAACUGCUAAAUAUCUAAAAUUUUCAACUGGGCUUCAAUCGUGAUUAAAACAAUCAUAACUAGAGAUAUGACCACUAGUUAAUUGGGAGUAUAUAAACACAAAUGAUCCAUUAUAGAGUCUGUUGGGUGAUAAAAAUCCCUGCCCUCUCCCCUGUCUAGCUAGCUCCCUUUAGUCCAUCCUCCCUCCCUGCUUCCUGACUGCCCAGGUUUGAGUCAGUUUGCUCAACUAAGAGGAUAUGACAAAGAAGAGGGGAAAUAAGUCCAUUCAAAGGGUAUCCUUCCUAGUGUCUGAUCUUGACCUGAGAUGGACCUCCAAAUGUGUCAAGAAGUGAAAAGAGAAUUUCUGAAAAGUAGUUGGGGGUGGUGAGGUCUUGCUUUUGAUUUUUCCUACAUAGCAUGGGAGGAAUGUGAUUGUCACGUAGGAGGUGGCGCAGUUUUGAGAUGUGAAAACUCGACAUUCUAAUACCUUUGAGUAUAUUUUCCUUAGUGAUCAGAUGUUAUAUUCAGGUGAUUUUUCCAUUAACAGUCUUGUUAUGAAAUGCUCUACUGGUGUUUGGCUUUAUCUAUCAAGUCUUCCAAAUAUUAAUUAUAACAUUGUUGAGUCUCCAGGAACAACAAGUGUUUUUAAUUCCUCCAAUUUUUAUGAAUGUUUCUAAAUUUAUUAGUGAACAGGCACCCUUAAUAGUAAUGUUUUUAAAUUGGGUUAAAAGAAAAAUCGCAGCAUGCUUUAAAUGUCUAUUGAUGAUAAUUACAAAAAUAAAGUUAAAAGUCAUUUGAAACACUUUAGAAAUUUCUACUAUUAA